AAAACGUUAAAAACAAUGGAGUUUAAGAAAAGAAGUCGUGCGAAACGGACUAUCUUGGUGCAUCCGUGUCAUUAAACAAAUGACGGAGUUGGAUCACCCACAAGAUGAUGUUAUCUCGCCGGAUUCUUCGUGGCCGGAGCUGCUUGUGUUACCUCACGUCGGCGACUUCAAAGACGGUGGUUGCCACUGAGCUAAAGCCUCCUGUAUUCACACAGUUCUCAACUUCUUCAAAGUCAAAGUUUGACUUUUCUUAUAAGUUGAACAAUCUGUAUACUAUCAAGGGGCAUUACUUUUCAACUAAUGCAUUAGAAAGUCAACCGGUCAACGGCAUUGUAGACAUACCUUUAGCACAAACUGGUGAAGGUAUUGCAGAGUGUGAACUUCUCAAGUGGUUUGUUCAAGAGGGAGAUCAAGUUGAAGAAUAUCAACGUCUUUGUGAAGUUCAAAGCGAUAAAGCAACCAUAGAAAUAACAAGUCGAUAUAACGGGAAAGUUGCUAAAGUGUUGCAUAUUCCUGGUGACAUGAUAAAGGUUGGUGAAACUCUGUUGAAACUAUUAGUCGAUGAUUCAUCACUUGCACACGACGGUGCUGAGUCAUCACUAGGUUCCGAUACACCUGAUUCCGACGACAACAAGGCAGGGGUUAAAAAGAGUCAAAAAGGUGAAGCUUUAUGCACCCCUGCUGUUAGAAGCCUCGCAAAAGAGCAUAAUAUUGAUAUCAAUGAUGUCACCGGGACCGGUAAACAUGGAAGAAUAUCAAAAGAAGAUGUUCUCAAAUACGCCUUAGAAAAAGGAAUUAUUGACGAUAAACCCGCAUUGUUUAAUCCUGGUUCUAUCGAACCCAUGGAGGGACCCGAAGAAAAACUACACGAGAUAGCUGACUCGCUUUAUCAUGAUAAGAUACUCACCCUGAGGGCGUAUCAACGCGCCAUGGUUAAAUCAAUGACUGCGGCUGCUAGUGUACCUCAUUUUCACUAUGUGGAAGAAAUAAAUUGCGAUUCACUUAUCGAGCUUAAAUCAGCUUUCCAAAAAGAGAAUACGGAUCCGGAAGUUAAAUUCACAUUCCUCCCCGUUCUAAUAAAAGCACUUUCCAUGGCGUUGACCACACAUCCGUUAGUCAACAGCACAUUCAACUUGGAAACAUAUGAAGUCACACUAAAAGGAUCUCACAACAUCGGAAUUGCGAUGGCUACACCAUCUGGACUAGUAGUACCGAACAUAAAAAAUGUUCAAUCACUUUCCAUAUUCGAGAUAGCUAAGGAAUUAUCGCGCCUCCAAAAAUUGGCAAUGGCAAACAAGCUCCCGCCUGCAGAUAUAUCUGGCGGGACCAUAACGCUGAGCAAUAUCGGAUCGAUUGGUGGGAAAUUUGGUUCACCUCUCAUUAAUGUUCCGGAAGUUGCUAUCAUCGCCCUUGGAAAAAUUCAGAAAGUUGCUCAUUUUGCGGAUGAUGGAACUGUUUAUCCCGUCUCUCUUAUGACGGUAAAUAUAGCAGCUGAUCACAGAAUUCUUGAUGGAGCAAAUGUUGCAUUUUUCUGCAAAGAAUGGAAGGAGUACAUUGAAAAACCGGAGUUGUUGUUGCUGCGUACGAGAUGAUCUUUAAUUAUGUCAAGAAAAUGAAUAUUUCUCACAAGCGGUUAAGGGUCAUACGCUUGUGACGAGUUUCUAGGAUCAUCUAAGAGAUGUUAACUGUUGUUGUCAGGAACUGUAAUGGCGAUUCGGUGAAUAAAGUGUGUCUUGUUAACCUGUUUUUACAAAUAAUUUAGUUCAGUUACUCUGUUUGUUUUUAAGAUAUUAUUAUUACCAAUCAUUUCAUGAGCA